UCCUUAGAUAUUUGUAAGGUUGCACGCAUUCAACAGUUGACCUUUAAUCUGAUUAUUACUAACUUCUAUCUUUAUUUCCAUCUCUUCCUUUUUAACAGUGCCCUAACACAGUUUUUCCAGAUCUUUCCUGAGUAUCAGUCCAAUGAGUUUUAUGCAACUGGGGAGUCUUAUGCAGGGAAGUAUGUUCCUGCCGUUUCUUACUACAUCCAUAAAAACAACCCCACUGCCAAAGUGAAAAUUAACUUGAAGGGGAUGGCCAUUGGUGAUGGGCUCUGCGAUCCAGAAAUGAUGCUGGGUGGUUAUGGUGAGUUCAUGUUCCAAACAGGCAUGAUAGACGAACUACAACAACAGUAUGUGGACCAGCAGACAGACCUCGGAGUCAAACUCAUCCAGCAAGAGAAGUGGCUGGAGGCUUUUCAGGUUUUUGACAGCUUGCUGAAUGGUGAUGUGAGUCCAUAUCCGUCCUUCUUCCAAAAUGCUACUGGCUGUACCAACUACUUCAACUACCUGGCAUGUCAG